AUGUGGACGAGUUUUGGAAAUAUUUCAUUUGAUAGCAAACAACCAGCAAGAAAUCAUUCUAGUGGAAGUUUUGGUGCGGAACAAGGUGAUGAUGAUGAUGCACAAUUAGAACAAAAAGCUUCAUCAUUUUUAACUAAUAAUGUUUACUUGACGGACUGUCCAUGCGAAAAACAUUUCAAUAAACAAUUAGUAAAACAAACUUAUCAACUGUCUAUUGAACAAUUAUUUGAGUUUUUAUUUACCAAAAAUAGACAUAUCUUGGAGUUUUAUCGUGAGCAAAAAGUGUCCGAUUUGGAAACAACAGCAUGGAUAAUGCAUGGGGUUACUAAUAAACGAGAACGUUAUGUGACAUUUAAUGUUUCGUUUGACUCGAAACUAGAAAAGAAGACUAUAUUAUGCAAAGAAAAACAAAUGAUCAAAACAGAACGAAAAAAUUCUUAUUAUAUAAUUGAUUCAAAGAUGUACUGUAAUGGUUUUAGAUUUGGCGAACAAUAUUUUAUCAUUCGUUACUGUCUGAUACAAAUAGCACACAAUCAAUCCAGUCUAAGAAUUACAGCCGAAGUUCAAUAUAGAAAAAAUGUUAUACAAUUAAUACAAAGUGUCAUCGAAAAGAAUGCAUUAGCUGGAUUAUUAAGAUUAGGAUUUAGCGAUUUGGGUGUUCAACAUUCACAAUCUGUUAGCAAUUACAACGAGAUACAACAGAAUGAAUUGGCUUAUACGUUAGAGUUGAAAACAUCGUCAGAUUUGAACUCGUUUAUAUUUCCACAAGAUGAAGGUCUUUAG